AUGUUUAAUAAUUGGCGGACCUUGAGGCAGAGUCGAAGAGAAGACGUUAUGUUUGCAGAACGCCCGAACCAACGAAACAAAUUUGGCACCUUGCCGGAACACAAGUUCACACUUUUUAAUUCCCCCCCUUCGCCUUCCUUUCCCUUGUUAAUUCUCUCUCAUCUCAUUUCUCUCUCCCUAUCUCUUCUUCCCACUCUCCUUUUCUCUUCCUUCAUCUCUACUCCCUCACUUUUGUUCAUUAUUUCUAAACACGUUUCCUUUCUACAGAUUUUCUUUUCAGAAUAUUUUCUCAAACUUUCUUUCUUUCCUCUCUCUCACUCUCUUUCCUUCUCACUCUCUCUCUUCCCCUCUCCCUUUCUCUCCCCCUCUCUCUCUCUCUCUUUCCUUCUCCCUCUCUUUUCCCAUCUCCAUCCCUCCCUCCCUCUCUCCUUCCUUCUACACUUUCCUCUCUCUCACUCUCUUCCCCUCUCACUCUCUUUCUUCCCCUCUCCCUUUCUCUCCCCCUCUCUCUCUCUCUCUCUUUCCCUCUCUUUUCCCUUCUCCCUACCUCCCUCUCCUUCUCUCUCUCUCUUCUUCCUUCUACACUUUCCUCUCUCUCUCUCUCUUUCUCUCUCCCUCUCUCUCUUCCCCUCUCACUUUCUCUCCCUCUCUCUCUCUUUCCAUCUCUCUCUUUCCCUCCCUCUCUUUUCCCUCUCCCUCCCUCUCUCUCUCUCUCUCUCUCUCUCUCUCUGUUUCUCUCAUUUCUUAUGCAUUGGUAUUUUUUUUCUUUCUUCUUAUUUGUAUCUUGUUUCGUUAUAUUUUAUUUUGUUCACUUUUUUUUGUUUUCUUUCUUUUUUUCACGCGUUUCCUUCGAUGUGUCAUGAUUUCACGUCUCUUCCUUUAUUCCUCCUUCAAUUCGAUUUUCGUUCAUUUCUUUGCCUUUUCAUUCAUUACUCUUUUUAUCUGUCCUUGCCUAUAUUUUUUCUUUCUUUUUAUUUUCCCCUCUCAUGUCAGCUUCCUUAUCUUUUCCUUUCCUUAUUUUUUUCUUUAUUUAAUUUUUUCUUUUUUCCCCAUUUCUUCUUUCGCUUUCUUUUUUUUCUUUCUUUAUUUAAACUUACUCCUUUCUUUCUGUCCAUGUCAUUUUCUCGCUUUCAUUCGAUUUAUUUAUUUUUUAUUUUUCUUUCUCGCUAUUAUCUUGUAAUAUUUUCUCUUUUUUUUCCCAUUAUUUUAUAUUAUUUCUUCUUUUUCUUUCCCUAUCUGUUCCUCUUCUUUACUCUUUCUUUUUUUUCUAUUCGUCUCAUUCAAUGCUUCACUUUCUUUUUCUUUUAA